GUCCGUGAUUAAUCACUGUGUACGCUGAUUUUUAAAACUGAAUUGAUGUUUUCUACAGCUGUUACAUCGUAUAAAAGUAAUUAACAUAGCACCUGGUUAUUAAAUCGCCCGAUUUAUGGAAAAUGGAUGAAUAAGAUACAAACAACAUUUAAAAGGAAGUGAAAAAAAGGUGUAUCGAAAGGACCAUAGGAACAUUGAGGAGUGGAUCGCGAACUGCAGGAAGUUAAAUGAUGAAGAGUAGUUUACUGGCUUUUGUGCUGUUGGCAGUGGGACUUUGUGAAGUAAAAGCUAGCCCUCCCGGCCACUUAAAGCCCCUGGGAGGCCAUAGGGAUCCUAUUGGAGGGAUUCCAGUCACGGGGAAGUUCCCCUCCCCCUGGGUCUUUCAUGAGGAGUUUGUUAAGAAGAGUCAGCCAUUAGUGAUGAGGAAAGUCCUGGAGAAGGACAAUAUCCCAGCAUACCGACUGUGGACCGAUAAAUACCUCAGGGAGAAAUUCGGAAAUAUUGAAGUGGAGGUUGAACUAGGUAAAAAGGAGAACCGAAGUGCGGGGAUGCUGAGAAAUGUAACCAUGGCUAAAUUUCUUCAUGUUUAUCAGAAGGAGGAUGUCUAUCAGGUGUUUGAUCUAACACCAGAAAUGAAACAGGACUUUAACCUGCCCCUGAGUCUACAGUGUGGAGGAUUCCAGAAUUUCCUCCAGAUGGUGAUUAUGUGGUUCAGCAGUGGCGCCACCAAGUCCCACCUCCAUAACGAUCACCUUGACAACAUCAACUGUCUGUUGGAUGGAAAGAAAGAAAUCAUCCUUAUUGAUAGGAAGUAUCGGCACAUAGUGAUGGAGAAAGGGUGGAACAGUAAAGGUGGAUUUAGUGAGGUGGAUGUGGAGUCAGUGGAUAUGAUCAAGUUUCCACAGCUACAAAAUAUCCCAUACAACAGGAUCACAAUCAAUAAAGGGGAUUGUUUAUUUAUACCAUACAAAUGGUUACACUAUGUGGAUUCUAAGCCAGGGAGAAACUUAGCUGUUAAUUUUUGGUUCCAUCAUUUGCCCUGGUUUAACAGCUCGGAUCCAGAUUGUGAAGGGGUGGAUCCGUACCAGAAUUCUAGUGUCCCCCUAGCUACUCUGAAGGAGGCAGAUCAUGAUUCGGAGUUCAGAAUGUUGUUCUUGGAACUGUUUGAGGAUGUUAUGAGUUUCUACAAGAGGUCAUUCAGUAAAUACAUGCAAAGGGAAAUCCCUUCCAUUACAGAGGAAGAUGUCCAAAGUCUAGAUGAGGUGUUCUCCUUCAUUGACAAGGAUGGUAACAAAGUGCUAUCUUGGGAUGAAUUAUUUUCAAUGGACAUUAAAGCAGCGACAGAAAAAUUUCCCAAAUUGUUCGGCAAGAUAUUCUCCAAUAUAACGGGGUAUUUGGUUUCAUUUGAAGAGGAAGGAGAUGAGGAUAUAGAAAUAUCUGAAGAUGAGGAACCAGGGUUCCUUGUAGUAGAGGAUUCAUAUAGUGUACAGGAUGAAGGUCAAAGGUCAAAAGAAGACCAACCUUCAUCUGUAAAAACUCCUGAUGACCUUGAGAAGGAAAAAUUAAUUAAAAUGGCAGAUGAUGGAAAUUUGUUCAUGGAAGAGGAACCUUUAAGGAGUCCUCAUGAGGAACUGUGAUAAAAUCAAGUGUUAGUGGUAUAAUCAAGUGUUAGUGGUAAAUACAAAUGUUUGUGGUAAAAACAAGUGUUCGUGGUAAAAACAAGUGUUAGUGGUAAAAACAAGUAUUCGUGGUAAAAACAAGUGUUAGUGGUAAAAACAAGUGUUCGUGGUAAAAACAAGUGUUAGUGGUAAAAACAAGUGUUGGUGGUAAAAGCAACUGGUGGUGACUAAAGCAAAUGUUAUGGAUUAAAACAAGCAUUAGUGAUGUUGGUGCCUCACUUAUGUAUUUACAUUUCAAAGCAGGUGCCCUCUUCUUUCCUCAUUCCAGAACACUAUGCAAAAUAGGUUUUUUGUGGUUGAUUUUAACUUUUUUUUGGUACAUUUCAUUCUAAAUGGCAUUCCAGUUUGUUUUCAUUUUGAUAAACUUUAUAUACAAUAUUCCCUCACAUUUUAUGCAAGUGCAUUGUGUAUAUAUGCUUAUUUUGGUGUUGCGGAGUAUUGGUAGUACAUCAUUUGUAUUCUGUGGCAUAUUGCAAUAUUGAGUUUAUGUUAGGGGAAGAAUAUAUGUUGCAUAAUAAAACUCUGUGUAAAUGGA